AUGAUUGGACGAGAUUGGUUGAGGGGAUUUUUAAGACGGCACCCUAAUAUCAGUAAACGUAAAGCCCAAAAUUUAAAUCCCGCCAGAGCUCAAAUGCUUAAUAAGGCAGUAGUGUCUGAUUACUUUGCGAAAUUAAAGGAUUUAAUGAAAAAAUAUGAGUUAAUGAAGAAACCAGAACGAAUUUAUAAUAGUGAUGAAAAAGGUUGUCAAUUAAAUUUACACAAAACUCCACAAGUUCUAGCAGAACGCGGUACAAAGAGAGUACACAUAGUGGCAGCUGAACAUGGAGAAUCAGUGACUGUAGUGUCUUGUGGUAAUGCAUUAGGGCACGCGAUACCACCCAUGAUUUUAUUCAAGGGGAAAAAGAUGAAAGGAGAAUGGCUCGAUUCGUUACCUACCGGUGCUGUAGCUCAGAUGACUCCCAAAGGAAGCAUGACCACCGACGCUUUUGUGAAUUGGAUACAUCACUUUUCAAAAUUCAAAUUACCAGGAAAUGUGCUUCUUAUAUUCGAUGGUGCAAAGUGCCAUUUGGAUUACUCUAUUGUGGAGACAGCUGAAAAAUAUGAAAUCAAGCUUUUCUGCUUGCCCAGUAAUACGACCCACGAGCUUCAGCCUAUGGAUAAAAGCGUAUUUAGGUCGUUUGAAUAUUACUGGGAUGAGGAAAUACUUAGAUACUGGUCUCUGCAUGAAGACAGAAAAAUCACCAAACAAAGAUUUGGAAUCAUAUUUAGUAAAGUGUGGGAUAAAGCUGCAACACCAGCAAACAUCUAA